GCUUCGAGUCAAUUCCUCUUUCCUCUAUUCCUAUAUAUCAUUAUUCUCUUCUCUGGUUUUCUAAACUAAACUUUCACUAUUUUUCUCUUCUUUUCUCUACAAGAAAAAAAUACAGUAUCAUAAAUGGAGAUAGAGGUGAUGAUGCCAUCUCCACCACUCAGUGGUUGUAAUACACCUUACAUGAGUGCACCUUCAAGCCCUCCACGUGCUGCCACGUUAUUUUACAGUGCACCUGCUAGUCCUACUCGUAUUUCUCCUCUUUACGAUGAUUUCAAUUGGGAAGAUAUCCCAAAAGAGAAAGAUAUUAACACUAAUCCAGAUGAAGAUAAUGAUUUUGCUUUUGAUUUCAGUGGACAAUUGGAGAGGAUUUCUUUCUCAGCAGCUGAUGAACUCUUUGAUGGUGGAAAAAUCAAACCUUUGAAACCAUCAUCAAAGUUUCAGUAUGAAGGAAAACACAUGGAUUCUCCAAAAUCCCCGAAAAAAUUGUUCAAGAAGAAAGAUUUUGAUCCAUUUGUUGCAGCUUUUGAAAAACAGAUUAGAACAGAGGAUCCACAAAAGAUUUCAAACCAGGGAAACAAAGAAUUGAGAGUAUCUGACUUAUUAUUUGAUCAUGAAAGCAAUCAAGAAACCGCGAAAAAAUCAUCCUCUGUAUCAUCAUCAUCAUCUUCUUCUUCCUCUUCUUCGUCUUCUUCAGUUUCUUCAAUGAUCUCAAACUGGUCAAAAAAAUGGAAAAUCAAAGACUUGUUGCUAUUUAGAAGUUCUUCAGAAGGUCGACCAAGUAGUACAGAACAAUUAAACAAGUAUGAAUUAUUGAAGAAAAGUCAUCAAGAAGAUGUUAAAAAUUCCAGUUUCAGAUCAACAGACAGUGUUGGGUCGAGAUCGAAGAAAAAAGGGUCAGUUUCGGCCCAUGAAUUGCAUUAUACGAUGAAUAGAGCAGUAUCAGAAGAGAUGAAGAAGAAAACAUUUUUACCAUACAAACAGGGCUUAUUGGGUUGUUUAGGUUUCAAUGCAGCGUUGCAGGAUUCUGUUUCUAAAAGUGUUGCUAAUUCUAUGUCUAUGAGUCGCCGUUGAUACUUCAGAUUGUCUCCAUCUGUAAUUUUUUUGGCUAAUUUUUGUUAUUCAAUUGAUCGUUUUCCUCUGGAAAAAAAAAUUUGUUAUUUAUUUCUCUCUCGAAAAAUAUUUUAAAUACAAUAGAGAGAAACGUAGAGUGCUUACAGUUUCAUCUUUUAUGUAUUCUACACGAAUUCUUGUUGUGCAUAAAUCGUUCACUUCCAGAA